AUUCAUUAUUACAGUUGCUAAAAUGUGCUUUAUUUUGCUCACAGGAUAUUUGUCGGGACGUACUUGAAUCAACAGGAACUAGAAGCAGCUCCAGCGCUCUUACAAAACAUGUUGAGCAGAUCUCUUCCACUGCUACAGACAUAAUGAGCAAUCAUACAACGUUUCAAGAUGGACCAUUUAAUCUGCGUUUGGAUAUCAAUGUGCAUGAAGUUCAGCAUUACUCUCCCUCACCUGCUAUUUCGUGUGUGGAGGCUCCUCCUGUUAUUGGUCAUGUUUCUCAAAUAACUAUUCCAGAACCAAACAAAUUGCAUGUCGAAUCAUGUGACACGUCCUCAACAUCCAAGGUUACAAAAGAUGUGCAUAUAUCUGCUGGUCUGAUGGAACAGUUUAUGGAACUUGCUAAGGACAACACUAAGAAGGAUUUGGAGACUUGUGGAAUAGAAAUAACUAUUCCACAAGUCUUGUGGAUUUGGAGACUUGUGGAUUUUUAA